AUGGAUGUGGACGAGAAUAAAAGCAAAGAUAGUUCAAAUACCUCGAUACUGCGUAAUGUAUCCAUGAGGAGGCCUAGAAGAGGUACUUUAAGUGGUGGCGAUGCCUCGAAUACUAGUACAAAGCAAAAAAUUGCAACUGCUAUCAAUCACAUAGUACACAGACGUGCUUCGCUUUCGACUCAAAGACCUAAAGAUUUCCUGGCUGGGAUAAUUACUCCACGUAAUGAACAGAUAACUCAGGCGCGAAACACACCACCUACUAAACAAGAACGGUUACAGGACAUUAAUAGAACUACAAGUAUAUCACCUCGUCCUCCUAGUACACAUAGUUCGCAUCAUUUAUCUAUAUCACCUACUCAACCGUCUUUCCUAUUAUCUGCCACUGUUGAAGAAGGCUCUUUGGUUGAAAACAACAUUGACGCUUACAAUAAAAAUAUACCAAAAGAUGAUCGAAUGGAUAAAUUGCUAAAGAAAGCAAAAAACUUUCUAGAUCACAGACAACGACCGAAAUCAAGAAUUGCUUCUUUAUGGAGUUUUAUCGAUGUUUCAAUUGAAUUUGAUCAAGCCCAAUUCUUUCAACAGCAUGCUGAAGAGGUUUUCGAUGUAAUUCACAAAUCAUUUAUGAGCCAAGUUGAUAAAAUUAAACAAAAAUCAGAACGUCCUAUGUCAUUUUCAUCAAAAGAAUUUUUAAAUAUAAACAAGACUCUACUUUUAUUACGAAAAGUCUUUUUAUUUUUACCUGAACGAAUAAGGGGUGGAUGGCAACGCAGACAAAUAGCUGAAAUGUUAUCACACCUCCUCGAUCACGGGAAUCACCCUCGAGUUCGAAUACAGGGAUUUCAACUUUUAUUGUUAUGGAUUAAUGAUCAAACAAUAGAACUUACGGAAUGCAUGCAUUUAUAUGCAAAUGCAAUCUCUUUGGAUUUGUUCUUGUAUGAUCAAAUACGAACUGGGUGUGAUGAUUAUCAAGGAAAAGAAAAAAUGUGGAGGUCUAGAAGGACCAUAUCACUUGGACAAAUAUUAAUUAAAGCUGACGAUAGAGGUGCUUUGUUCCCAAAUCCUCAUCCACCAUCAUUUCAUGAUGCUGUUCAGUUGAUUCAGCUAGAUCUUAGCAGUCUAGUUAGGCUAGCUCAUGUUGCAGCAGGUUCAACUCCCCCAUCAGAGAAUUAUGAAUUUCCUGUCAAUGAAAAUAUUGAGCCAGAUAAUGGAAUCGCUAUUGGCAUGGGAAUUGAUGCUGCAUUUGCUGCGGCGAAAUUUCAUUUCGAACUGACAAAAAAACAAUAUUUAUCGAUUGUAUUGGGUGCAGGAAAUCGGGAAUUUGCUCACGAGAUUGUAAAACAGGCUCUCAUGCUACCAGCUGGCAGUCCGUUAUACAAAGAUAUAGUUAGGGGUGCUGUUCACAUUGUAGGAGUCUGGAUAUUAAGUGGGGAAGAAGAGAGACCAGUUUUUCUUCGUAAAUCACCACCACCUCCUCAACCAAUAUGUUCUGCAAAUUCUGCGUUCACUUCUUCUAUAUUUGCUUCAUCAUCUCACACAUCUUUAACAUCUCCAGAAUGUCUAAGUGAACCAUCAUAUACAUCGGUUAACACCCCAUUGUCAGCUACUUCUUUAAGUACAACAUUUGCUAAUGCGAAUGUUUACCUUCGUAGAUAUAUUGUGUUAUUAACACUUGUUUUCGAAGAUCAUUCUUCCCUGACUAUCGAUGGAGGAAUGGCAAAUGUCGAAGUGGAAGCACAAGUGUCGAUUUAUCGUGAUGUGUUGGCAUUAUACCGUUCAAUGAUGGCAGAGGGUCCAAUUGAAUUAGAGCCAGCUACGUGGGAGACGUUGCUUUCAUCACUUUUGGACAUACAAGAGAGGACUAUGAAUCAAUCUGAGAAAUAUGCACCAAUAUCUACGGUUGCGUUGGCUAAUGACUUUGCUGAUUAUUUAGUUGAAACUGUAUUAUACGCAUUUGCCCGGUCAAAAACUCAACAAAUUACAUUAUGGCGUGCACUGACAAACCGUAUGAGUAUUAGUUUGGGAUGGUCGCAGACUAUAUCACAAUGGGCGAAAAUUAUGUUAAGAAUGACAAAGAUACUAUCAAAAAAUAUUUAUAAUGUAGACCUUGACGCUGUAGAAUUAAACCGUCGUCUUUUAGAACUAACAACUCCAGAAAGACAUUUCCAUAGACGACGUCCUUCGAAGAAUACUCGCACAAGACAUUUAUCGUUACGCAGUGCAUCUCGGCAUAAAUCUUCGGGCAGUAAUUCGUCGCGUGAGGAAAUGAUGGGUACCGAUUUUUCAGUUUUUGUUAAGACAGCAAAUGAGAAUCGUAAAUCAGGUCGUAGACCCAUGAGUAUGCAUCAAGAAAUUGGCUCAUUUGAAUCAAAGUCACAAGCCCUAUUGAAUAUUGGGGCAACAGUAUUUAGUGGUGGUGGAUCAUCCAUUCAUUCUGGAAGUGUUGCAUCUGAUGAGGAGGAUCAAUGUUACGACGAGGAUGAUUAUUUUGAUGCUAAUAGCGAAAUAGCUGCGGAUGACGCAGCAGAAGUGAGGUCAAAUCGAACAUCAUCAUCAUCGGUGUUUUUUGCUCAACCUAAUUUUAGCAGUGAUAGGCUUUCGAUAUCAUUAGCUAAUUUCAGGUGUCCAGAUUUUGUUAAUAUUGAAAUGUUAUUUUGGAAUACAGAAGAUGCACUGUUAGUAUGGAAGAAUUUGCUUUGUGCAUUAGGAAAUUUGAAUUAUAUUCAGAUCCGAAAUAAUCAAUAUGGAAAUGUUUCGAUACCCUUACUUUGUGAUUUUGCACCUUGGCUAUUCGAAGCUUGCGAUUUACCUUUGGCAUUCGCACGAGGACGUGCGCUCGCGUAUGCUGGAUUAUGCAAAUUGAUGUCAUGUCGUCACGAUAAAGACUUUGAUGAGAAAUAUUAUUCUCAUUUUUAUCGUGCUUUAUUAAAAGGACUAUCAGAUCAAGAUUUGUUAAUAACUCUCGCAAUUAUUAAUAAUUCUACGAGAUUAUUUUCUCAAAAUCUUCCUGGUUGCAAUAUUCUUUAUCGUAGUCUAAUUGUCACUAUCAGGAAUUUGUUAUCAAAGCAUCACGAUCAUAUUACGGAUGGGAUAUCACAAAAUGCAAUUACUAUACUUUGUUCACUAGUUUGUAUUGUAGAUCAGUUACCUUCUUUGAAGGUACCUAAUUUAUCUUAUGAAAAUCUAACCAAGAUGAACGAGGAAAGUUUGAAUGUAUUAAAAUUUGGUCAAAAUGAUGGUAUAAAAUUCUCCGAGUUGAGAUUAAUGUUGCAAGAAACCUUAGUAAGAUCACUUUCAAAUGAGGAAACAAUUAACAAUUAUGAAACACAUAAUAUGUCGGAUAAAAUAGUUAUCAAAGGUUGUUUUCAAGCUUUAUUGGAACAGCUAUAUUGGAGUCAUUUACCAGUUGUUACUGCUGCAGCAGAUUGCCUAAUAACUUUUGCUCAGAAUUCUUCAUUGUGGUGUGAAGAUGAAGAGAUAUAUUUUAUGAUUCUGCAAGACGUAUUCGGAAAUUUGAUUGGAGCUUUGAAUGAACAUAUUGCAUUACAAAAAGCAUCACACAGAAAUGGAAGAGGAUUUAUAAUAGCCAAAAUAUUUUAUUGCCUUCUUGAAUGGCUAAUGAUUAUCCCUUCAAAUCUUUUUACGGACACAGAAUUAUGUCAACUUGUAUUUGAUUCAAUUGAAAUGGCUUGUGACAUUUCAAAUUCGGAAUCAAAUAAACAUCAGAAAAAAGAAUUUCCAAGAUCAUCACAUAAUAGUAAAAGUAACCGUUCAAAUCAUGGUUAUCCAAUAAAAUUUAAAAAAUCAGAGAGGAAAAUUUCCGUUAAUCGUGAGGUGGGGGAUGAUAAUGUUUUUGGAGUCGACAACUCUGUAGAGGAUGUAAAUUUUGUUAAGGACAUCGCAGAAUUUGUUUUGUUACAUUUAACACACCACUUGGGUAAUUUUUCACCAAUACACGGACCAGGUAUGAUGCAUAGUACGCUGGUAGGACCUAUUGGAGCUGACACAAAAGAUGAAGAACUUUCAAAUAAUUAUCAUUAUUUUUCAUUUAAUGAUACAGCAAUAAUAACAUUAGUUGAAAUACCAGGGAAAAGUUCAUCAGGAAAAUAUUCAUGGGAUUCUAAAUUAUUUUAUGAAAAUAAACCUUUCUUUACUAGAAAUAAUUUAAUAAAACCUAACAAUACAGUAUGUGAAAAUAUAAUUUUCAAACCGGAUAUUAAACUGGUACCUAAUUCUUCAAGAGCUAAUUCGACAACUUCGUUGAGGACGAAAGCGCAAAAUAGAUCUAGUAAAAUUUUCGAAGGUAAAAAUGGAUUACCUGUAUUGACGGAAAUUCGUCAAUCCGAACGUACUAACAUGUUGGAUAAUAUACUUCAAUAUAUUGGCGAACAAGUGACGAAUUCGCAAUCUGAAACAUCCAAUCAAAUGUAUCCAAAAAGAUCAAAAGAGUUAUUGUCGAUUGAAAAAGAACUGGAUAGACAUAUCCAAGAAGAAAUUCUUUAUGACAAGGCUACAGAUAUUCAAGCACAAUCUUGGUAUGAAAAUGAUAUUUCGUUAAGAAAUAGCACAUUACAGGACGAUAAAAUUAAUAGACUCUCAAGAAAUCCAUUAUAUUCACGAUCAACAUCAUAUUUUUCACUUGGAGCAGAUUUUUCACUAUCAAAAUCAUUUUUACCUGCUUUGCCACCAGUAGCCGAAAAACAUUUAGAACCAUAUCAACAAUGUAGAUUAUUUUUAAGUCACUUUGGAUGGUUAACACCUGAAUCUUUAAAUGAUGGUACAAUAUGUGUAUUAAAUAAAGGAAAUACGUUAUUUAGGGAUAUUAGAUUAUUAGAUAAAAGAUAUGCAAGAGAAGUUUUUAAAUUUGCUUUGUUGUAUGUUGGGCCAGGCCAAGAAGAUGAACAAAGUAUUUUACGUAAUACAAAUGGAAGUGAAGAAUAUAAUGAAUUUGUGCAAAGUCUUGGAUGGGAAAUUGAUUUAACUACUCAUCCUGGUUAUCUUGGUGGAUUAGAAAGGAAUGCUUCAAAUGGAUUAACCGCUAUUUAUUAUUGUACCUCAACUAUUGAAAUUAUAUUCCAUGAUGUAACCAAGAUGCCAACUGAUCCAAUUGACCCAAAACAAUUAAGAAAGAAACGACAUAUAGGAAAUGAUCAUGUACAUAUUAUAUGGAAUGAGCAUUUUAGAGAUUAUCGUAAAGGUACAAUAGGAGGAGAUUUUGGAAAUGCACAAAUAGUAAUAUCACCCUUACCAAAUGGAUUAUAUAAUGUUGAUAUUUAUAGAGAUUCAAAAAUACCACCAUUUGGACCAUUAUUACAUGGUAUGAUAAUAUCACGUAGUGUAUUAGGGCCAUUGGUUAGAAUGACUGCAAUACAAGCAUAUAGAAAUAGUUUACAUAUUAAUAGUAUUAAUAAUUCAAAUGUUUAUCAACAUCCUUAUAUGGAAAGAGCUGCUGAUAUUCAAAUGAUUAUGAGUAGACACAAAAAAAAUAAUUGUAGUUCUUUUGAAUCUUUUAUGACUAAAAUAUUUGUUAGUGAAGAUUUACCUGUAUAA